CACCACGGCCGCAGUUCCCUGCACCACCAUUGGGGUCGCCCUCCCCCUCCUCAGAGUGCAUGGAACCGCAGCUGGAYCAGCCUGGGUUGUCCCUCCCGCGGGCGAGGGGGGAUGGGAGCGGGUGUGGUGGGAGGGAGCCUCCGUGUCCGAAGCCCCCACUCCCACAUCCACUCCCUUUACCACUCGGCCGAGCACGAGUUCCUCCUCUCCCCCGCUUUCCACCUCCCCCCUCGCCACGCUCCCCCUCUCCCCCUCCUCUCCCGACGCAAUGCCAUCCGGCACCGGGACCGCCGCGCUCUCUCCCUGGAGCUCCCAKACAUGCUCCAGGUCCCCGGGGGACCUCCGCCUCGCCCCAACCCCAGGAUGAGGAGUGUUUCUGGGGGAGGGAGCAGCGGCAGUGGGGGUAUGGUAGUGGAGCACCAUGAUUGUAAUGGGAAGGCMGGUCCCCAGACUGCCCAACUCCUAGCGGAGGUCUUCCCUCAGCUGAACCUCGCCAAGGACAGAUCGGACCUAGAUGAGGAGACAGACUAUGAAAGACUAUUCCUCACCGUCUCCAACUAUGUCUUCACAGCCAUAUUUGUAGCUGAGCAUGACCGUCAA